UUAAGGAGAUCGAAGAGCUAGCAUGGCUAGGGGCAAGAUUGUGAUUAGGAGGAUUGAGAAGAUGAGCAGCAGGCAGGUCACCUUCUCCAAGCGGCGGCGUGGCCUGCUGAAAAAGGCACAUGAGCUGGCCAUCCUCUGCGAUGUCCAGGUUGGCGUCAUCGUCUUCUCCUCCACCGGUCGCCUCUACGAGUAUGCCAGCUCCACCACCACCACCACCAUGGGCAUGCCUUCAAUCAUCCAUAAGUACCAAUCUGCACGGGAGCACCAGCAGCUGUUGAAUCCAGUGUCACAAAUCAUGUUUUGGGAAGGUGAAGUACGGAAAUUACAGCAGGAAAUGCAGAUACUUCAAGAUCAUCAGCGGAAGCUAAUGGGCGAGAGAUUAUCAAACCUAGGAGUCAACGACUUGUGUUUAUUGGAAAAUCAACUUGAGAACAGCUUACGCUGUAUUAGAGAGAAGAAGGAACAAAGUUUUGCCAACCAUACUGUACAACUCAAUGAAAAGAUGAGCGCGUGA